UCUCUACCCUUCUCUAUCUCUCUCUAUCAUUUUCUCUCUCUAGUUUCUUCUCAAACCAAAAACUACUCUCUGGUAGAAGUAGGUGAAAAGCAAAGAACCCAUCUUUGUUUUUUCACAUUAACAUAAUAACUACUGUUCCUUCCUCAUCUCACCUAAUCCAAAAACACAAUCAGAGGAAAAAACUGCGAGAAAAUCAAUUGGAAAGUGACACAAAAUUUCACCCCAGAAGGGAAGGGUUAUACCCUUAUGUGUUUUUUUCUCAAAAGGGUAUCAUAAAGUUGUGAUUAUUUUCAUGAAUCUGAUGGUAGCAUCAAGUACUUAGUAUUGAAAGUUUGUGGCUUUUUAGUUAGAUCUUAGUGAUUUUGGUUUUGUUGAUGUUGGGGUUGGAGUUUGCUUUUGGAUCUCUAUGAUGGGUUGAUUGGAUUGGGGACAAAGAUUGAUUUUUUUGGUGUUUGGAAAUUUUAAGGUUUUUUUUUUGAAUGUGGUGUUUUUGAGGUUGAUGGUGUUUGAAAUUAGUGGUAAUGGCAAUGUUGGUUCAUCAGUGAUAUAUUGUGGAAAUGUCUGCUUCUUUAGCGGCUUUUGAGAGACCGAGACCUGGGGCUUCUAAUACGGUUUUCAAAAGUGGCCCACUUUUCAUAUCUUCCAAAGGAAUAGGAUGGAAAUCAUGGAAGAAGCGGUGGUUUAUACUCACACGCACAUCAUUGGUUUUCUUCAAAAAUGAUCCGAGUACCCUUCCUCAGAGAGGUGGGGAAGUAAACAUGACACUGGGCGGUAUUGACUUGAACAAUUCAGGAAGUGUUGUUGUUAGAGAAGACAAAAAGCUUCUUACAGUAUUAUUUCCAGACGGGCGUGAUGGUCGAGCGUUCACCCUUAAGGCAGAGACUUCGGAAGACUUGUUUGAAUGGAAGACAGCUCUUGAACAAGCCCUUGCACAAGCACCAAGUGCUGCCCUUGUUAUGGGACACAAUGGAAUUUUCAGGAACGAUACAACUGAUUCUAUUGACGGGUCUUUCCAUCAAUGGAGAGACAAGCGUCCAGUUAAGUCUUUGGUUGUUGGAAGACCGAUUCUGCUAGCACUUGAAGAUAUUGACGGAGGGCCGUCUUUUCUUGAAAAAGCUCUUAGGUUUCUAGAGAAGCAUGGAACUAAAGUUGAAGGAAUACUGCGGCAAUCUGCAGACGUUGAGGAAGUAGACCGCAGAGUUCAAGAAUAUGAACAAGGAAAGGUUGAGUUUGAUGCAGAGGAAGAUGCGCAUGUUGUUGGUGACUGUGUUAAGCAUGUUCUAAGGGAGCUUCCCUCCUCUCCAGUUCCAGCUUCAUGCUGUACUGCUCUAUUGGAGGCUUAUAGAAUUGAUCGCAAGGAGGCUAGGAUUAAUGCAAUGCGCUGUGCUAUAUUGGAAACCUUUCCAGAGCCAAAUCGACGUUUGUUACAGAGAAUUUUGAAGAUGAUGCACACAAUCGCUUCUCAUUCUAACGUGAAUAGGAUGACUGCUUCUGCUGUUGCUGCUUGCAUGGCACCCUUGCUCUUGCGGCCUCUGUUGGCUGGAGAAUGUGAGCUGGAGGAUGAAUUUGAUGUUAGUGGUGAUAGCUCAGCUCAGCUUCUUGCCGCUGCUAAUGCCGCGAAUAAUGCUCAAGCAAUUAUUACCACUUUGUUGGAGGAGUAUGAGAAUGUAUUUGAUGAAGAAAAUAUACAGAGAUGUUCCAUUUCAGCUGAUUCUCGAGUUGAAAACAGCGGGUCUGAAGAUUCAACUGAUGACGAUAAUAUAGACGUAAAAGAAAAUGGUUACCAUGAUGCAGAGAAUGAAAAUGAUCAAGAGACAGAUGAUGAUGCUGAUCGUGUUCACAGUGGAAAAUUAAGUGAAAGUAGUGGUUAUGCUGGCAGUGAUCUUUAUGAUUACAAGCAGGCAUUUGGAGGAGAUGAUUCUGAUGUUGGAUCCUCUACUAGUAAUCAUGCUCAGGCUGAAAAUUCAAAUCUGAAUACUGUUCCUGAUACCCAUCUGUCUGAGGAUAAAAGCAAGCAAAGAAAGGUCAAUGAGAACGUAGUUGAUGAUGAUCCACCAAUUGUGUUGCCUUCCACAGAAUCUUAUCGUUCCAUGGGUGAGAUUUUAUCUUCAAUGGACCCUGGCAACCAUUUACCUGUGAUUGAGGCGCAAUCAGGUACUGGAAAGCAAACAACUGGUAAAACUAGCAGUGGCACAAGCUUUAGUACUAAGCGGUCAACGUUCUGGGGCAGGAGCAAUCCGAGGAAGUCACCGUCAGUGGAAUCAGUUGAUUCUUCUGGAGAAGAGGAGCUUGCUAUUCAGAGGCUAGAGAUUGCAAAAAAUGAUUUGCAACAUAGAAUUGCAAAGGAGGCUAGAGGCAAUGCUAUUUUACAAGCAAGCUUAGAGAGAAGGAAACAAGCUUUGCAUGAACGACGCUUGGCACUUGAACAAGAUGUUUCAAGAUUGCAAGAACAGUUGCAAGCUGAGAGGGAUCUUAGAGCUGCAUUGGAAGUUGGUUUGAGCAUGUCUUCAGGACAGAUUUCCAAUUCACGUGGGAUGGAUUCAAAGACAAAGGCUGAACUAGAGGAGAUUGCACUUGCUGAAGCUGAUGUGGCUAGGUUGAAGCAAAAGGUUGCGGAACUUCACCAUCAACUUAAUCAGCAAAGACAGCAUCACUAUGGUUCAGUUACAGACGUAGGUGAUCGAUACCAGCAUGCCCAGAAUCUUCCUCAACCGAGAUUUCUUCAGCAAGAUUUUGAUUCAACCCUUGCAUACUGUAAUCAUGAAAGGAAACAAAGGACUGAGGUAAACUUUGGCUUUUCAUUUAAACAGGAGAGUGGGUUGGGCUCUGAUUGGAGGAAUAUCAAAGGACAAGUAUUGGCUUCUGGUAAUGGUAGUAGGCAGCCAUCUCGGAAGCCAUUUAUAGACUCGAGUCCUAGUGAUUCAAAAAGCACCGAGGCAUCGACAAGCAUGUCUGUUGAUGAGCUUGGUGUUGUUGAUUCUGGCUCAGUGCCUUCCACUUCAAGGGCAGCAGAGGUGACAGAAUAUAAUGGAAGACAUCCGUCUGUAGCAUCUUCGACAUUAGUAGAGUUAACAACUCGUCUCGAUUUUUUCAAGGAAAGGCGUUCGCAGUUGAUGGAACAGCUUCAUAACCUUGAUUUGAACUAUGGUUCUACCACUUCCCAAGACAUGGUCUACAAACCAACAUCACCAUCAUGGAGUUGACUGGCCAAAUAACAACUUCAUAAUAAUCCUUGGUGAAGAAUUUUGGCUUGACAUGUUGUAUAUCCUUUGACUCAUUGCAUAUAUUUGUAUCCUUAUCCUUUGUGGUCUCAAUGUACUGCUUCAUUCUCUUUGUUCCCAUUAAUUUCUAUUUUUUCCUCUUUUGGUAGUGAAAGGUUGUUGGAGUUGAAAUGCUUUCUUUUUGGUCACCAGUUUUUUUUUUUUUUUUUAAUCUUUUUUAUUUCCUUUGUUACUUUAGGGGAGGAGGUGGAGUUUGUGUUGAAAUUACAUGUUAUGUUAAUAGAUAGAUGGGAGAAUUUUGUUGUUGAACAAAACAACUUCAAUGAGGAAAUAUUAGUAAUGUUUUGGCAAAUUCUUUGUAUUGCAAUUGCCACUAAUGUCAAUCUAUGUGAAAAUGAUUGUUAUGUUAUA